GAAGUGGUACGAUAUCGUUCGUGUGCUAGUUUCAGGAUGAUAGAGGAAUUAAAGACAUAUCUUUUCAAGUUAAUGGCCACAGUGGAUGGUCUUCAUGCCAUUGUCAUCACUGACAGGGAUGGGGUUGUCAUUCUUAAAGUUGCAGACCAAAUGGCACCUGAUACUGCACUACGACCUGCCUUUCUAUCGGUGUUUGGUGUCAUGACAGAACAAGCCAGCAAGAUGGGCAUGGGGUCUAAUAAAAGGAUCAUCAAUUAUUACGACAGAUAUCAGACAGUGCAAGUCAAUAACCACCCCUUACUCCUGCAUUUUAUUGCUGACAAAAACGCCAACACAGGACUUAUUUUGGAGUUGGAAAAUUCUCUUGAGGAUGUGUUGAAGGACAUCAGCAAAGUGGUUAGCAUGAUGUAA